CAAGCAAAACACCAGAGGAUUAUCACUCAGCCAUUGAGAAACACACACACACACGCUUUCACUCAACACGUUGCCUGGAAAGAAGUGUCUGUGCUCUUGGAUAAGACCGUGUCUAUGUUUGUUGACGGUGUAUGAUGUGAUGAUGCGAAAGCUCAGCUGUCUGAGAAAACGGGUCUCUGAGCUGAACAAAAACAAAGGGCCGGGAGGAGAGAAGAGUGAGAGGAGUGGAGCCCACGUGCCUCAGAGCUGGAGCUGUAUCUGUAGCUAGCCGUCGUGUCUCACUCUGCUAAUGGAGGACUGGGGUGCCUGAAGACCAAGACUCUGCUGCAGACUCCCAAAACCUCCUCACGUCCUCUCUGCCAAAUCUAAUAUCAUGUCGGGCGCCUAUGACGAGUCGGCCAGCCAGGAGGAUGGCACAGACAGCUUCUGGGAGGUGGGAAACUAUAAGCGUGCUGUGAAGCGGAUUGAUGAUGGCCACCGGCUCUGCAAUGACCUGAUGAACUGUAUACAAGAGCGAGCCAAAAUGGAGAAGGCCUACAGCCAGCAGCUGACCGACUGGUCUAAGAGAUGGAGACAGCUGGUGGAUAAAGGGCCCCAGUACGGCAGUGUGGAGAGGGCCUGGGUGGCAAUGAUGACCGAGGCUGAGAAGGUGAGUGAGCUGCACCAGGAUGUGAAGAACGGACUGCUCAACAAUGACUUUGAGAAGGUGAAGAACUGGCAGAAGGACUCCUACCACAAACAGAUGAUGGGAAGCUUCAAGGAAACCAAAGAGGCAGAGGAGGGCUUCAAGAAGGCCCAGAAACCAUGGGCCAAGAAGCUCAAGGAGCUUGAGACUGCCAAAAAGACGUACCACCUGGCGUGUAAGGAGGAGAAGGUGGCGUCCAGCAGAGAGGCCAACAGCAAGGCAGACACCUCAGUCACAGCCGACCAGCAGAAGAAGCUCCUGGACAAGGUGGACAAGUGCAAGCAGGACUCUCAGAAGGCUAAGGAGAAGUAUGAGAAGACUCUGGAUGAGCUGAGGAAGUGUACGCCCCAGUACAUGGAGAACAUGGAGACAGUGUUUGACACGUGUCAGCAGUUUGAGGAGAAGAGACUGAGCUUCCUCAGGGAGGUGCUGUUGGACAUCAAACGACACCUCAACCUCACCGAGAACCAAAGUUACGCCACAGUGUACAGAGACCUGGAACACACCAUCACCUCUUCCAGUGCACAAGAUGACCUGAAGUGGUUCAGCAACAACCACGGCCCUGGUAUGCAUAUGAACUGGCCCCAGUUUGAGGAGUACAAUCCAGAGCUCACUCACAUGAUCAGCAAACGAGAGAAGUCGAAGAAAGGGGCAGACGGUAUAAUGCUGACUAGCGUGACAGCAGCACCCAACCAUGUGGCAGCACCCAACCAUGUGGCAGCACCGAACCAUGUGGCAGCACCGGCUGGAGACAGGGGCAGUGUGAGCAGCUCUGAUAAGAACCAGGCCUACUCCUCCCAGGACCAGGCCUACUCCUCCCAGGACCAGUCGGCAGAGUGGUCAGACGAUGAGCAGGCCGCGCCAAACUCAGGCUCAGACACCAAUGGGGGUGGAGCCAACCCCUUUGAGGAUGAGUCAGCGAAGGGCGUACGGGUGAGGGCGCUGUACGACUACGACGGGCAGGAACAGGAUGAACUCACCUUUAAAGCAGGAGACGAGCUAACUAAACUAGAAGACGAGGAUGAGCAGGGCUGGUGUAAAGGCCUGUUGGACAGUGGCAAGUUGGGUUUAUAUCCUGCUAAUUACGUAGAGCCCAUCUAGUUGAGUUUAUAUCCUGCUGAUUACGUAGAGCCCAUUUUGUUGGGCUUAUAUCCUGCUAAUUACGUAGAGCCCAUCUAGUUACUUGGGUCACCCAGACUGAACCGUCCAAUCAUACUGCACAUUGCCAGAGACUUCAAAGCAACGCUUCCCUGUUCCCCCUCUCUGCCUGACCAACCAACACACUGACUGAGCAGUCUUUAUUUAAACACUCCCCUAGGAUCCACAUCAGAGAAACACAGCACCAACAUAACCAACACAUAUCAGCUACAACACUGGGAUUGUUACCACAGUCAAACCAUGGCAGUAUGUGUGUACCAACAACAACUCCUACGAGCGCAGGAAAAACAUUCUGCCGUGUUCUAUUCCAAUGUUGUGCUGUGGUUGUGAUGAAAUUUACCUGGCAGUAUGGAAGUAUGUUCCCUCGUAACACUAGUGAUAUGGUAUAGUCAAUGGUGCCUGCAUAGCCAGAAUAAGCUAUGCACUGUGCAUUGUAAAUAUUAGCAGAUUCUUUUUGCAACCUGGAUGCUAUGCGAAACUGUACAGUCCUGUUUUAUUUUUAUUUUUUUGCAUCUGUCAUUCCAUGUAAGGUUUUAAAUAUGCUGUACAGUACAACAGAUUCUCACUCUUUUUCUAUCUUUUCUAUGUGAGUUGCUCCUGUGUUGAGUGUUUUUCCCCCUGAAGUCCCCCUGAGCAACAGCAGCAGCAUGUCCUACUGGAUCACAAUAAUGACAUUUAGCUGAUCCUUGACAAAUCACUGUCGAGCGGAGCAGAGCAGUACUACACUGUUGAGCAGAGCAGUACUACACUGUUGAGCAGAGCAGUACUACACUGUUGAGCGGAGCAGUACUACACUGUUGAGCGGAGCAGUACUACACUGUUGAGCGGAGCAGUACUACACUGUUGAGCGGAGCAGUACUACACUGUUGAGCGGAGCAGUACUACACUGUUGAGCGGAGCAGUACUACACUGUUGAGCGGAGCAGUACUACACUGUUGAGCGGAGCAGUACUACACUGUUGAGCAGAGCAGUACUACACUGUUGAGCGGAGCAGAGCAGUACUACACUGUUGAGCGGAGCAGAGCAGUACUACACUGUUGAGCGGAGCAGAGCAGUACUACACUGUUGAGCGGAGCAGAGCAGUACUACACUGUUGAGCGGAGCAGAGCAGUACUACACUGUUGAGCGGAGCAGAGCAGUACUACACUGUUGAGCGGAGCAGAGCAGUACUACACUGUUGAGCGGAGCAGAGCAGUACUACACUGUUGAGCAGAGCAGUACUACACUGUUGAGCAGAGCAGUACUACACUGUUGAGCAGAGCAGUACUACACUGUUGAGCAGAGCAGUACUACACUGUUGAGCGGAGCAGAGCAGUACUACACUGUUGAGCG